GGGCUUGGUGACAUUUGGGGAUGUGGCUGUAGAUUUCUCCCAAGAGGAGUGGGAAUGGCUGAACUCUACUCAGAGGAGUCUGUACAGGAAGGUGAUGUUGGAGAACUACAGGAACCUGGCAUCGCUGGGACUUUGUGCUUCUAAGCCCGAUAUGAUCUCCUCCUUGGAACAAGGAAAAGAUCCCUGGAUGGUGAAAAGAAAGAGUACAAGAGGCCGGUGCCCAAGUGAGUGUGGAGUGGGAGGGGUAGAGCUACCACCUGUCCAGCUCAGCUCCCCAGACUUGCAGGGUUUGACCUGCAGUGAGUGUGAGAAAAAGGGCUUGGUGACCAUUAGAAAUGUGGCUGUGGACUUCCACCAUCAGCUAGGUCCAGCUCAGAAGAGUUUCUGUAAGAGUCCCCUGUGGGAGAGCCAUGGUGACCUGGGGUCCGUUGGACAUUGUGCUUCAAAGCCAUAUUUAUCCUCCUCACUGGAGCAGGAGAAGAAGGGUUGGAUGGUGAAGAGACAGCUGGUCACAGGUCUGCUCUCAGGCCAGAAAUCUGUAUAUGAGACCCAGGAAUUACUUACAAAACAGGAUUCAUAUGCUGAAGGGGUAACAGACAGAACUUCAAACACGAAACUUGAGUGUUCCACUUUCAGAGAAAAUUGGGAUUCUGAGAGUGUGUUUGAAAGGAAGCUGAUAAGUGAAGAGACACCAUGCAGGCAAGCAGCAGCAAGUCAGAGUAGAGCCCUCCCGAAGGGGAGAGAGCACAUGUACAACAAGCCUGGUAGGUGGUUCCAUUUGGAUGAUUUGGAAGAGAGAGUUCACAGUCCUGAUUCAGGCAAAAGCUUCCCCCCAAAUCCAGUAAUCUAUGCAGGAAAAAAGCUUUUCAAAUGUAAUGAGUGUAAGAAAACUUUUACCCAGAGCUCAUCCCUCACUGUUCACCUGAGAAUUCAUACUGGAGAGAAGCCCUAUAAGUGUAACGAUUGUGGAAAGGCCUUUAGUGAUGGUUCAUCCUUUGCUCGACAUCAGCGAUGUCACACAGGCAAGAAGCCCUAUGAGUGCAUUGAGUGUGGGAAAGCCUUCAUACAGAACACGUCCUUGAUUCGUCACUGGAGGUACUAUCACACUGGAGAAAAGCCCUUCGAUUGCAUCGACUGUGGAAAGGCCUUCAGUGAUCACAUCGGGCUUAAUCAGCACAGGAGAAUUCACACUGGAGAGAAACCUUACAAAUGUGACGUCUGUCACAAGUCCUUCAGGUAUGGCUCAUCUCUUACUGUACACCAAAGGAUUCAUACUGGGGAGAAGCCGUAUGAGUGUGAGAUUUGCAGAAAAGCCUUCAGCCAUCAUGCAUCACUCACACAGCAUCAAAGGGUGCAUUCUGGAGAAAAGCCUUUCAAGUGUAAAGAGUGUGGAAAAGCUUUCAGGCAGAACAUACACCUCGCUAGUCACUUGAGGAUCCACACUGGCGAGAAGCCCUUCGAAUGUGGGGAAUGUGGGAAAUCCUUCAGCAUCAGCUCACAGCUCGCCACUCAUCAGAGAAUUCACACGGGAGAGAAGCCCUAUGCGUGCAAGGUUUGCAGCAAAGCAUUCACCCAGAAGGCUCACCUUGCACAGCACCAGAAAACUCACACUGGAGAGAGGCCAUACGAGUGUAAGGAGUGUGGCAAAGCCUUCAGCCAGACCACACACCUCAUUCAGCAUCAGAGGGUCCACACUGGGGAGAAGCCCUACAAAUGUGUGGAAUGCGGGAAGGCCUUUGGGGAUAACUCGUCCUGCACUCAGCAUCAGAGGCUUCAUACUGGCCAAAGGCCUUAUGAGUGUAUUGAGUGUGGGAAGGCAUUCAAGACAAAGUCAUCCCUUAUUUGUCACCGGAGAAGUCACACUGGAGAGAAACCUUAUGAGUGUAGUGCAUGUGGCAAAGCCUUCAGCCAUCGGCAGUCCCUCAGUGUUCAUCAGAGGAUUCAUUCUGGGAAGAAACCAUAUGAGUGCAAGGAAUGUAAGAAGACCUUCGUCCAAAUCGGACACCUUAACCAGCACAAGAGAGUACAUACUGGAGAGAGAGCCUGUAAUUACAAGAGAAGCAGAAGAGCCUUCCGGCAGAUGGCACACCUGGCUCUCCAUCACCGGGUCCACCCUGGGGAGUCAUCGCCAUGCCCCUCUUUGCCCUCCAUGUCAAAUCCUGUCGAUGUGUUCCCCAACUUUGUCUGGAGUCCAUCCUCACUACCAUCAUCAUAG